UGACUCCAACAUAUCGGGGUAGCUGCUUGAAUGCUCUCGAAAAUCAGAGACCAGGACUCUCCUGCGAUACAGCUCCUCCGAGCAACGCUCGAAUCGAUAUGAAAUGUCUCGCACGCUGUUGUGUCGUCAACUGCUGUAUCUUUGACGAUCACUGCGAGGCUCAAGCGCCAAUAUGGGGGUUCGAGUUUCUCACUUCAGGGUAUCUUUGAGGGCACGAAGACUACUUGGCUGCGGAUCGCUGUGUUUGGAUGCCUGAAGGGGAGUUGUGCCGUAUGCCUUCGCCUUGGGGAAAAGUUAGCUUUGCCACGCAGAAUUCAAGUAUACAGCAUCCCAUGGGAA